GUCGUGUUCGCUAUUCGGUUCGGAGCGCGUUUUGUUCUGCGACCGGCCGCCAUACUCAAACAAAAAGAUCUAUGAAAUGAGAAGUUAAAUUUUCUAUUUAUAUUUAUUAGUAAUCGUUGGAAGUGUUAAUUUGCUAAAUGAGUUCUAAAUCUGAUGUAAAUAGAAGAGUACUCGCCAUUCAGGCGAAAAAAAAGAGACACAAACUCGGCAAAAAGAAAAACCGUGAGGAGGAUCACGGCGGCGCUGGUGGACAAGGAAACGGGCAGCAGCGCCACCAGAACCAGACCCGCCUGGAACCGACACACAGCUCUUCCAAUGAGACCAUCGAGGAGGAUGAGGACGAGCAGUACGCGAGCGACGACGAGGAGCAGGAGGACAGCGCGGACUACUGCAAGGGAGGCUACCACCCCGUCAAGAUCGGCGACCUGUUCCAGAACCGCUACCACGUCACGAGGAAGCUGGGCUGGGGGCACUUCUCCACCGUGUGGCUGUGCUGGGACCUCGUCGACAAGCGGUUCGUAGCACUUAAAGUGGUUAAGUCCGCCCCACAUUUCACUGAAACUGCACUGGACGAAAUAAAAAUUCUAAAAGCUGUCCGCGACAGCGACCCCAACGAUCCUAAGAGGAACAAGACGGUCCAGUUGCUAAACGAUUUCAAAAUUACUGGUGUGAACGGUACACAUGUCUGCAUGGUGUUUGAGGUGCUCGGACACCACCUACUGAAACUCAUACUGAAAUCCAACUACCGAGGAAUCCCUCGUGAGAAUGUUAAAACCAUCAUUCAUCAAGUGUUAGAGGGUUUAGAUUACUUGCAUACUAAAUGUAAGAUAAUUCAUACUGACAUAAAGCCUGAAAAUGUACUGGUGUGUGUGGACGAGUCUUACAUACGCAAGUUGGCAGCCGAAGCCACUGAACUACAUUCCUUGGGUUUGAGAUUGCCUCAUUCUUUGAUUAGUACAGCUCCGAAAGAAUUUCAAGAGCAAGUUGUUAAUGCUAAAAUGAGUAGAAACAAAAAGAAAAAGUUAAAGAAAAAAGCUAAACGUCAAUCUAUGCUGCUCAAGAAACAAAUGGAACAAAUUGAAGAAAUAGAGGAACAGAAGAAAGUAGAUCACAGCGAGUCUGCCCCAAUGUCCCAGGACAACGAUGACUCUCCACAGACACCUGAAGAAGCCAGUGUUAUUGAUAACACUCGCUCUGAAAAUGAUUCAAAUGUCAAUGGAUGUUCAGAACAAGCUGAUGAGGAAUCAUUUGACACUGACGCUGACGCAGUGCAGGUCCGUCACAAGCAACAAGGCUGUGGGGAUGAUGCAGGAACUCCCAUGUCUGAAGGUGAGACUGACACUCCGCCAUCAUUCACUUCCCAAUCCAAGCGCAAAUCUAUUGACAAGUUACCUGAUCCUGCCUUUGAAAUUUGUGAACUUGAAGUGAAGAUUGCUGAUCUGGGAAAUGCUUGCUGGGUUCACAGACACUUCACAGAAGACAUUCAGACCAGGCAGUACAGGUCUCUGGAGGUGCUGCUCAGUGCUGGCUAUGGAACAUCUGCUGAUAUAUGGAGUACAGCAUGCAUGGCUUUUGAAUUAGCCACGGGAGACUACCUUUUUGAACCACACUCUGGUGAUGGAUACAGCCGGGAUGAAGACCACCUAGCCCACAUCAUAGAAUUGCUGGGUGACAUCCCCAAACGCAUUGCUGCUUCUGGGAAAUACUCUAAAGUAUUCUUCAAUAAAAAGGGCGAAUUGAGGAACAUUACUGGCUUAAAACCCUGGGGCCUGGUAUCUGUUCUAACUGAAAAGUAUGAAUGGAAUCAGAAAGAUGCUGAAGAGUUUGCAGACUUCCUGAAACCCAUGUUGGAUUUUGAUCCUAAUCGCCGAGCCACUGCAUAUGAGUGCCUCCAGCACCCGUGGCUGAAGCCAGCCGCCCAGCCUGCUGAAGAGAAGAAACCUGAGGAGUAGACUCAUGCUCUCUUAAACCCAGUUAUUACACCUAUUACAUAUAAUUCAUGAAAUCAGUAGUGUCAACAUUCAAAGUAUUUCAGUGUUUAUAUUAUGAUCAAAGUUUAUUUAUGGAUUUGUUUGUUUGUGAAUGAAUAAUUUAAUUUUAUCCAGAUUGUCCAACUGUCAGCUAUUAGUCCUAAAAUAGAUAAAAAAAUAUCAAAUGUGUUCUUAAAUUUAAUAAUGCUGAUAAAUAAGUAACCAGAUGCACAAAUAUCAGGCAUGCAAUAUUAUUCCAGAACCUAACACUAACAAGUGUAUUGAUUGUUUGUGCAUUAGGUUCCUGCCUGUGUCCUUAUUUACAACAGCAAAUGUAUAUAAUACAGCUACUAUUUGUAAGUAGGAACACAGUUGUUUAUGAAGCAUUUUUAUUGAUUGAUAGAUACUUAUCUGAAAUUCCCUGAACCUGUACAGAUAUAGAUUUAGGAAAAAUUGUGAUGUAUGACAUGUAGACAAUAUAGAUUUUGUCACAUUAAUCUUUUAGGAAUUUAUUAGUUGACUUAGAACUGCACUUAUACCACCUAGAUACAAAGAGAAAAACCAUGUAAACAUUCAUGCAUGCAUCUGUCGUGCGUUGCAGGUAGCAUUGAUAGCAUAUAGUUAAGUUUGUGUUAUAUCACUACCUAUCACAAUAAAAAAAUCUCAUAGUGUAAACUUUAGGGAAUAAGACAGUAUUUGUAAAGUCACACCUCCGAGACUGCCUUUUAUAAUUAUACUUUGUCAUCUAAAUUUAACAGAGCUGGCGGAUAAGUCUCAUACAUUAUUGGAGUCGCUGUAAGAUUUUAAACCAGCUAAUAGGUGUAUCAUGAAUCCCGAUUUACACGACCGUAAUUUGUAUUAAUUAUUAUACCUGCAAAUUUACAUGAAUAAAAAAUCGGAACGAGCUUGUUAAAAGAA